CGGUGCCUCGUUCUUCUCGUCUAAAGACUCCGGCUUCUGUUUCCUGGAAUCCCACCUCCACCGGCCUCCUCUGCCAGGUGCUUCAUCUGGAUGACAGGCCGUCGCCUUGCCCUCGGUGGGAUUAUGAGCGACCACCACGAGUCGAGAAGCGGCGGCGAGGAAUCCCUUGCCCUGCCCCUAACGAGGGACUCUCCUCAGCUCGUGGCCUUGUUGAAAGAGAUGAAGGAUGGGUUGGAUGUCGUGAGGAGCAAACUGGACGUCCUCACACAGAAGGUGAGAGAAAACCAAUUUCCAACAUCUGAGGGUAUGAGUUAUCUAGAUGCAAAGUAUCUAUUGCUUCUCAGCUACUGUCAAUCUAUCGUGUACUAUCUGCUUCGCAAGGCAAAAGGAUUAUCCGUUCAGGACCAUCCUGUUGUAAAGAGCCUUGUGGAGAUCAGGUUAUUCCUGGAGAAGAUUCGUCCAAUAGAUAAGAAGCUUGAGUACCAGACUCAGAAGCUCAUACGGGCUGCCAGCAAUUUUGUAUCUGAGAAGAUAUCCACCCCUGACGACAAGGAAAAAAGUUUUCAAGAUGAGGAAGAUCCCCUGAAGUAUCGGCCAAAUCCUGGCAUGCUUGUUAGCAAAUCAGAACCAGGUGCCCAGGAUGCUGGAGGUGUCUACCGCCCUCCGAGGUUUGCUCCUACUAGUAUGGAUGAGGAUAAGAUAUCAAAGCAGGAAAAACAGGCCCUUCGAAGAGAGAAAGCAUUAUUGCGACAGGCAAAACAAAGUACUUAUGUUAAAGAGCUGAUGGAUGACUUUGAAGAUAGACCUGAAGAGCUAAGAGAAAAUAUAGGGGCUGAAAGCAGAGAGCUUACAAGAUACGUGGCAAAGCGAGAGGAACGUGCCAGGCAGGAAGAAGAGCUUUUCACUCGUGCACCAGUUGCAAAGCGAGAUAAGCAAAUAGAGAAACACAUGAAGAAGUCAAGAAAUGGAUUGCUUGGAUUGACUGAUGGCUUCUACGACGAGAUCAGAAUGCUUCCAAUGGAAGAGAAGGAAAAUGAUGAGACCUCUAGUCACAUGAAUAAUGACAAACAAGGGAAGAAAUUUAAAAGGCGCAAGAGAAAGCAUUGACAAGUAGGGUGGAAGCUGGGAGCCAUUUUUCUGUUGCCUAAUGCUUGCACUGCUGAAGUUGUUCUGGAGUUCAAUGAUUUGCUACUUGGAGUUGCUUGCCAAAGUAACUUUGAUCUGCUCGCUUCAUACACUUUGGUACAGACUAUGGAGCUCUGAGAGAUCACCUCUUGGUUACUUUUUGCUAGUUCAGUUUCUGCAUUAAUGUUUAGCGAGCAGAAUUUAAUUUAGUUGGUUAUGUGAGUGGAUGCUGUGUCAAAUGAUAAUUGGUGCUGCAGGAAACAUACAGGCUUUCAUUAUUCCUUGGUGAUUU